GGGUGUCAUUCCAGACCGAUAAUUGGACGCAAUGGCGUUAGAAGGGAGUCGAGACUACGACACUCCGUCGAUGUGGCCCCUGCGCCCUAAUUCAAUUAUCGCUAUUAGUGAAUAGAAAUGUGAUUAGACAACCGAAACGUUCCAUAAAGAAUGUAGAUUAUCUCGUUUAAUCUAUUUUAUUCCGCGUGGCAUCUAAGUGAAGUCACCUUUGUGCAUAUCAGUUAUUGUUGGUGAUGGCAAUAGAAAAACAGACUGAGUCAUAGUGAUCACGUUUAUGUAAUUCAACACGCGUCAUACCAUAACUCGGAGGUAGCAGUGAUCCUAGUCAGUCCUUAUCGUCAGUUAUGUCCUGACAGUCGUGUUGUGAAGGUGCAUUGUCGAUCUUACUGUGCAGAAUGGCAGACUCGGAGAUGACGGUCAGCAAGGCCCUUGGCUUAAUUGCCUCCGGGGCUAUGAUUUUUGGUGGUAUUGUGCCAUAUAUUCCUCAGUACAGGGAAAUCAGGAGAAAGGACGACGCAGAGGGAUUUUCACUUUAUGUGUGUUUGGCUUUGCUCAUCGCUAACACUUUGAGGAUCAUUUUUUGGUUCGGCAAGCGCUUCGAGUUACCUCUCCUCCUUCAGAGUAUCCUCAUGAACAUUACAAUGCUGGUGAUGAUAAGGCUGUGCGUAACAGUUCGCCAUAAAAAUCAAUUGGUCAAAGCUAAGGAGCGAACAUUUACAGAUUUGGACAUUAAAUACUUUUGGAAAUGGACAGACUUCCAGUCGUAUAUGGAUUUCAUACUACUGUUUGGAGUAGCUGGUGGAUUUCUCAUGUAUUUAUUCGCUGAUUAUCCGAUAUUUGUGGAGAGUGUAGGCCUCCUCGCCGUACUGACUGAAGCCAUGCUGGGUGUACCUCAAUUUUUACGUAAUCUCCAUAACAAAUCUACCGAAGGAAUGAGCAUAGCUAUGGUGACAAUGUGGACAGUUGGUGAUACUUUCAAGACUUGCUAUUUUGUUCAGAGAGAAGCACCUAUACAAUUCAGUAUUUGUGGAGUUCUGCAGGUGUUGGUUGACACGGCAAUUCUUCUCCAAGUCUAUCUAUACCAAGUUAAUAUUCCAUCUCGACCGGAUUUACGGACUGACUAGUAGUUUUAGACAAAAAUAUCAAACUUUUAUGGCCAUAUUAAUAAUCCAAAGUAAUUCAGUAUCUUCCUCUCUAUUCCAUAUCGGAAUGCAGCAAUUUUUAUAGUCUUUUUUUUGUGUAUUGUGAUUUCGUAAUUGUAAGAGUUCUGAGUCUUCAUGAAUUCAAAGUGCUAUAAUGUUACCAGAAUAGUGAUGUACUGAUUAUAAAUUAUUGUAUCGUAGCAAUUAGAUGAAUUUUUCUUUGUAAGAAAAUACAAAUAUCAUUGCUGAUGGUCUGACGUAAUACCAAGUAUUCACGGUGUGAAUAUGCUCUUAAUAAAAUAUUUUCAUAACAUA